UUACCAAAAGAAUGGAGGAUUUGACAGGCUAUCUUGUAGCGAUCGGGGCUAUUUUAGUUUGUUUGGGAUUUACAUUAUUAGCUCUUCUUGUAUAUUCCGGCCUUUUUGAAAAUGUUACCGUCGGAGCUGGACCUCCACCCAUAGGCGAAGUGUUCGUCGCUUAUCGAUUCAGUAGAGGGCCUUACAAGGAGGCUGGUCAGAUAUUUACAGAAUUGACACAUUUAGCUCCUGACAACAAAUGUUUAGGAAUAUAUUAUGAUGAUCCUAAACGGGUUCCAUCCCAUUUAACUAGAUUUGUUGUUGGAUCAAUCCUUGCCUACGAUGAUCAGGAAGUAGAUCCAGAUAUGAAGAAAAAAUUUGAAGAAAAUGGAUACAAAUUUAUGCGAUUACCGAAAGUCACAAAUGUUGUGAAAACAUCAUUCCCACAUAUAAGUUCUUUUUCAAUUUUUAUCGCCAUAUUCAAAGUUUAUCCACUGAUGGGAGAUUAUGUACAGGAUAAUAAAUUGUGUGCUCAUCCUUUUUUGGAAGUUUAUGAUGGUAAAACCAUACAUUUUAUGGCCCCUCUUGCUAAACAAGAUGAGUUCUAUCUUCCUGAAAUGAAGAAAAUGGGGCCAGACGGUUUAGUGAUCAUGGAACCAAGUGAACAAUUGCCUAUCGAUAGCUACACUAAUUCGGCACCAGUUCCAGAAAUUCCAGAACCUGUGGAAGAAGACACAAAUGAAGCCGAUGCCUUAAUAUCGGAAAUAAACUCGAAUACAGAGGACAUGAACGGUGCCGACUCUGAAGCAAGUACAGGAUCUUCCUUUGAAGAACUGAAGUUAGAUGGUGACGAUCAAAGAAAAGAAAAGGCCCAUUCCCCAGACUCCACAACAGUUUAGAUAUAUUUUUAUCUUGUCAAGUUGAACUCACUAAAAGUCUCUGUUCGUCAUUGGCUUUUUGGGGAAAAUAUCCAAUUUUCCACCACUUAAUUAUGCUAAUAUGUACGCAAAUUGAUUAUUCAACAUUCAGUUAAAGUGGGAGUAGGCAAGAUUAGAAGUUCUCGCUAUAGUUCUUGCUAUAAUAGUUAACAAAUAGAUAACGGAAACAAAAUAUGCUGAAAAUUUCAGUCAGAUUGCUUCACCCUGAACCAAGAUAUUAGCGAUUAAAUUUUAGGCUAGCCUCGAUCGUCAUUACUAACGUUCGUAAGAUAAUAAACAAAAUUCUGAUUAUCCAUUUUUACGUUAAAUUAUCCAUCAAAAAAUGUAUUCAAAUCCACUAAAUCUCGCCAGCUAACAAUGGCAUCGAGAGUUGGUUAUGGUCUGGAUAAGUUGAUUAAUGUCUAAUUAAUAAUUUAGGUAACAUUUAAGACCUAAAGAAAGACCUGCAAUAGGCAGAUUUAGCUCUUGUAUAAUGUAUGUUCAAGAAAGUAAUAUCAAAAUAUCCGCAGUAGAUAAUCUUCCAACUUAAAAGUGGACCAUUAAUUAGCGGGUAUUGUCUGUACAAGUGGAUGCAGAGUAGUGAACAAUUCAAUUCAUCGUACCUUUGUAAAUACUGAAUGGACUUGAAUUUUUCUUUGCCUGGUAUUCCUUUAAGAGAUUCAUUUUUCAUAACAUACCAAGGGAUCAACAAUCUCUCAAACAUUUUAUAUCAUCUGCUGUUGUAGAUGCGGAGUUGUGAAAAAUUUUCAAUUUAUCGUAUCUUUGUAAAUACUGAAAUGAAUCGAACCAAUGACGUCCAGAGACUUUAAACAUAUGUACAUUGAUAUUUUAUGGUUAUUUGUUUAAGUUGGUAUCCAGUUUUGUUUGUCUGAACCCAGUUUAGCACCUGACCUCCUUUAACUGCUGGUCCAGGCUCCCUCAAGUCUUGUGAAUAGGUUUCAGGUGGUCUAGGGAGCUGUAGUUUAGGGCACUUUCGAAAAUGGGCUACAGAGCUCGAGAUAUAGAAAGAUCACUUUGCUUUAAUUUAGCACUUUAUGAUUGAUUUUGAAGAAAUAACUUAUAUGAAAACAUUAUAAAUAUUUGUAUAUGCUUGUAAGCAAACUGACAUCGUUUUCUUUGGUUCAUAUGUAUGAUUUUUAUUUACUUAAUAUAACAUCGCAUUUGCUUUGGGUAGGGUUUUUAUUUAAUUCAUAAUUGACAUUUUUUCUGAAAUUGACUUGCAGAAGAAUUUACUAGUCAGUCAAUUUAUAUGGCAUAAAAUUAGAAUUUUAAAGAAUUUACCUUAAAUGAUAUGAUGGUUAAAAUGCUGGUUAAAUUACCUUAAAUGAUGGUUAAAUUACCUUAAAUAAUAGUUGAAUUACCUUAAAUGAUGGUUAAAUUACCUUAAAUAAUAGUUGAAUUACCUUAAAUGAUGGUUAAAUUACCUUAAAUAAUAGUUAAAUUACCUUAAAUGAUGGUUAAAUUAUGGUUAAAUUGAUGGUUAAAUUACCUUAAAUGAUGGUUGAAUUACCUUAAAUGAUGGUUGAAUUACCUCAGGUGAUGGUUAAAUAACCUUAAAUGAUGGUUAAAUUACCUUAAAUGAUGGUUAAAAUGAUGGUUAAAUUGAUGGUUAAAUGAUGGUUAAAUUGAUGGUUAAAUUGAUGGUUAAAUGAUGGUUAAAUAACCUUAAAUGAUGGUUGAAUUACCUUAAAUGAUGGUUAAAUGACCUUAAAUGAUGGUUAAAUUACCUUAAAUAAUAGUUAAAUUAAUGGUUGAAUUACCUUAAAUGAUGGUUAAUAAAUAGUCAUAAAUUGACUAACUGCUAGACUUUUAGAGUGAAAACCCUAAAAUUAGGAUAAUGCGUAAAAGAUGGGAAAAAUUAUCACUAAAUGUUAUUUGUGUUUUUCAUUAUCUGGAAUUUAUAUAUUUUUAAUUUUGUUACAUUUCUUAGUUGCCAUAUUUUCUGCAUUUUGCUUGUAGAUUCAACUUUGUCUAGUUAUAUAAUUGUGUUUCCAAUCAGGUCCACGGGUGAUAAUUCUUUUUGAAAGUCUCUGUGAGCCGUGUGCCAUAUGCAUUUUUGGGAAAAUAUCAACAUUGCUAUAGCUUAAUCUACGCUAAAAUGUAUUAAACAUUUCAUUAGAUAACCUCCUGACUUGGAUUCAAGCGGAUUAUAAAGAGGCCCAUCAAAAGAUUUUUAGAAAAGAUUCAGGUGUCGCUGACCGAUGCUGAAUGUUGAUUUCAAUUCAUAAUAGUUUUGUUUACAGAAUUGAACUAUUUUUUUAUUUGUACUGAUGUUACUGAUUCAAAUUUCACAAUAAUUUAGUUUAAAAGAGAUUAAAAUAUAAAGUCAAAUAAUGAUCUUGCGCCUCAUUCACAAAAAUUUAAACUAAAAUAUUUUAAGGAUGCAAGCAUUUCAUUGGUUGAGAUUUAAAAUCCUCAGACAAAUUUGAGCUCUUGGCCAAUGAAAGAACUGAAUUUUUAAAAUAGUUUAGUUUUAUGUUUUCGUUUAUAAAACCCCAGAGUCUUUAACUAUUAUUAUUAUUAUUAUUAUACAAUGUAAAUAUAGUUAUCGGCCAUAUCAAAGUGAUAUUAUGUGAAGAAUAAAUUGUAUUUCAUUUUGUAAAUGUUUAUUAUUGAAUGUUAUAAACUAUUGUUUUGUUUCAUAUUCUAUUUAAGACACCUGGUUUUCUCCGGGUCCUCCAGUUUCCUCCCACUGCUAAAGACCCCUAUCCACAAGUGAAUUAUUGAAAUAAAAUUGAACCAUAUGUUAGUCCCGAAAUGAUCUAGUUUGUGUCGAGUGGAUGUCAAACCCCAUUCUCUCUCUCUCUCUUUUUAAGACACCUCAAUCUAUUUUAAAGUGGGAGUAGCCUUUGCGUGACAAAGAGUAGGGUCUCCUGUCUAUCCUCGUGAGUUUUCUCCAGAUCCUCCGGUUUCAUCUUACUGCUAACGAACCCUUUGCACAAGCGAAUUACUGAAAUAGAAUUGAACCAUAUGUUACUCCCAAAAUUACCAAGUAUGUGUUGAGUGGACAUUAACCGACCUCUCUCUCUCGCCCGCUCUAUGUUAAGUACGAUUUCAGAUUUUGCAUAUUGUCUAUUUUCAUGGGGGAGGAGUAUUUUUAUUAUAUAGAUGUAGAUGUAAACAACCAUGGUUGGAAUACUCCCACUUUAAAGGAGCUAAACCUCUGUAUUAGGGGGGAUUGGAUGGCUGAAUGCUGUAUCAUAAGACCUGUCAUUGAGUCAACUGGCGUGGUUUCGAAUCCCUGGUUAUACGUGACAAGGAGUAGGGUCGCCUGUCCAACCUCUUGGGUUUUUUCCGGGUGCUCCGGUUUUCUCCCACUGCUAAAGACCCCUAUGCGCAAACGAAUUAUUGAAAUAAAAAUUAAACCAUAUGUUAGUCCCGAAAUGACCUAGUUUGUGUCGAGUGGACGUUAAACCCUAUUUCUCUCUCUCUCUCUCUCACCUCUGUAUUAUCCAUAAUAUUGAAAAUUAAAAACACGAAUUAUUGAUGUUAUUAUCUAAGAGCAUUAACUUUUUUUUAUUUGAUUAUUUCUGUAGUUUUGUAAUCGGAGUUCAGCUUUAACUUAAAAAAACAAAAAUGUUGACUGGGAAAUAAAGAUACCACUUUUUUUGUCUAAAGAAAAUUUUUCUAAAGAAGUGUUUGCUAAGUCACAGAUUGAAUUAUACACAUAUGCUGACCUUGACAAAAUGUCUAAAAUUUUCAGUGGGUUCUACUGGUUCUUUUGAUACCCAUAUCCAUUAUGGUAUUUUAUAUAGUGAUCAACUCACAGACUAUCCUGCAUAACGACUUAAACAUGCAUUAUGCAAGAGCAAAAUCUGCUUAUUACAAGUCUUUCUUUAGGCCUGAAAUGUUAUCUAAAUUAUCAAUUAGACAUUAACUUAUCCAGACCAUAAUAAACUCUCGAUGUCAAGGCUAGCCUUCGAUGUUGGCUGGAUUAGAUUCCUAUAUGCCGCUUAACGGCCAUUGAUAAUUAAAUCAAAACAGUGGAUAAUCGAGACUAUGCUGUUUAUAUUAAUGAUUUUAGUAAUGAUGACCGAGACUAUGCGAAAAUUUCACCCGCUUCGUUCUCGGCUCAUAGUGGAUCAAUUUGACUGAAAUUUUCAGCAAAUUACCUUUACACUAUCUAGUUUUUAUCUAUUAUAUUGAGAACUGCCAUCUCUUUAUCUUAUCUCCCAUAAUGUAUCUUUAAGGAAUAUUAAUGACUAGCCGAUGACCUGGCGCUGCACGGUUUGAAAGUAGUAUAACCAGAAGUGGUAGUCCAACGCCACCUAGCCCAUGUUAUUAAUCAGUCCAAGCUACCCCUAUACAUCAAAUUUCAGCCUCAGGACCAUUGACAGGACAGCUAUAGUGUAGCCACCAACACUGAACAGACAGUCGAACAAACGACAGUCACAAUUAUUAGUCACAAAUAUUGAUAUAGAGAACUAAUUACUGUUACAUAUCUUGACUUAUAAAGGUAAAACUUGUGAGGUGGAAUAACUUGAGUUAUACAGGUAAAACUUUUGAGGUGAAAUAACUUGAGUUAUACAGGUAAAACGUACUGUAGUGAGGUGGAAUAACUUGAUAAUUGUUAAUCCUUACAUAAUUGGAAGUGUUAAAUGCUUCAUUAUUAAAUAGAUACCUAUUGCAUUUUCAAUUUUUUUUGUCAAAAUCAAAAGGUGUGAUGUGUUUGUUUUUGUCUUUGUUUUUGUAUUACUUGUAUGCUUAAUUAAGGCUUUCUAGUAUUUUUAAUAUAUGAUUUAUAUUCAAUAUCUAUUAUCUAAUAACUUCAUAUUUUUUCAUCAUUUUUUAAGUUUGAACAAAAAAACAUGCCCGUUAUUAGAAAUCAACAAUGUGAUAAUUUAUUAAGUUUUGCAUGGAUCUUAUAAACAAUGCUACUUGAUGAAUUUUUAAAAGAACAAUAAAUCUUUCUCUCCAUAA